UCGCAGCGCGAUCGCGGCGGGGCAGGUGGAGGGCGCCGCCCGGAGCUAAAGGAGCGACGAGCUGGGAGCUGGGCUGCGGGAGGCGCUGCCGCCGCUCUGCCCGAAGCCGCCCCGCAGCCCGCGGCGGGAGGAGCAGGCGGCAGCCGGCCCCCAGCGCGCGUCUGGCGGAGCGUGGCGGGCGGCGCGCGGACCCCCGGGAUGCUGCCCAAGCUGCUGCGGCCGGCGGCGGCGUAGCGGGACCGAGCUCGUAGCCGAGAGAGGCUGAACAAAGCUGGGCUCAGUCGUGCUUCCUGCUCGUCAGCCUCUCGCCUCCCAAACGCAUAUCCUUUCCACUUGAUGUCAUCACGCAGAAGUGGGUGAAAGGGACGCGUGACAGAUCCAGAUCCUGACUCUUCCUUCAGUUCUCCCUUCAGAGGCUGCCUCUGAAUUCCUGUUGAGGUUCAGCUGCCACCACCAUCCUGCAGGCUUUAGUGGACCCCCAGCUGUGCGUGCCCAGCUGCUGACCAGACAGUGACAGAUGUGGGUUCUUUGAAUGAAAUUAGCACAUGUAUGAGUGCUAGAUGCCCACGAGCUUGCUGAUCCCCUGGUGACCUUGAGAAGACCCACCCAGGGUGGUGACUUUUGAGAAUCGGCUCUUUCACCUUCCCGUUGCCCCUGCCCUUUGCCUAUUGGUCCACGAUGGAGACGCUCUCCCAGGAUUCCCUGCUGGAAUGUCAGAUCUGUUUUAAUUAUUACAGCCCCCGACGAAGGCCCAAGCUGCUGGACUGCAAACACACUUGCUGCUCGGUGUGCCUCCAGCAGAUGAGGACCAGCCAGAAGGACGUCAGGUGCCCCUGGUGCCGUGGCAUCACCAAGUUGCCCCCGGGCUUCUCUGUGUCGCAGCUACCAGACGACCCCGAGGUCCUGGCAGUCAUCGCCAUCCCACACACUUCCGAGCACACCCCAGUCUUCAUCAAACUUCCAAGCAACGGGUGCUACAUGCUGCCCUUGCCCAUCUCUAAGGAGCGCACGCUUCUGCCCGGAGACAUGGGCUGCCGCCUGCUACCCGGGAGCCAGCAGAAGUCCCUCACCGUGGUCACCAUCCCUGCGGAACAGCAGCCGCUGCAGGGCGGCGGAGCCGCCCAGGAAGCCGCGGAGGAGGAGCCCGACAGGCGAGGGGCGGUGAAGAGCUCCACGUGGUCUGGCGUGUGCACUGUCAUCCUGGUAGCCUGUGUUUUGGUCUUCCUCCUGGGCAUUGUGCUACACAACAUGUCCUGCAUCUCUAAGCGCUUCACUGUGAUAUCCUGUGGUUGAAGCCUGUCACAGGGAUGCCUCUUGCGGGUGCCAACUUAGGGGGGUGAGCAGGGUGUUGGUGAGGGGAUCCCUGUGAUGAGAUGGGGGUGACACUGACCAUUUGGUGCAAGUGCUGGCCUGUGACUGGCCACUUGAUUCACCUGAAGACAAGGGCAGAGGGUGAGGGCUCAGCAAGAUCCCAGGAGAACUGUUUGAAGAUGGUGAUGGCUGUGAAGAUGUCUGCAUGCUUCCUCAUAAUUGUGUAGUCAAUGGGCUGUAAUUUAUGAUUUUCCAAAAUCAUGUUCCCAAGUUAGACUUUUCUACUUAGACAUGAAACUGUUCGUGUGGGUGCAAUGAGCUCUCUAAAUACAGUAGAUGGUAGGUUAAACCAGAUGCUGUGUACACAAGUAGAAGCAAACCUCAAAUCCAUGUUUAAAACAGAAAACAGUGAAGACGCAGAACUGGCUGCUUUGUGUGUGUGUGUGUGUGUGUGUGUGUGUGUGUGUGUGUGUGUGUAUUACUGAACCCUGGUCUUCAUGAACUUUUUAUACAUUUUGAAUGGCACCCAAAUCAAAAUAAUCAAAACAGACCUUUUGACUGUUAGAAGAAAAUAUUUGACCACGUGUCCGCAGUGUGCUGUGUUUUGCUGUGUGCCCCAUUUCUCUUCUUAUGAUUAGAGCUUGCUGCCUGUGACACUGGAAGCCCAACAGGAGAGUGAUGAACUGGGAAAUAGCGAGAAAUGCCUAAUUCCCCAGGAAACCUAUCUGCCAAUUUUUCUCAAGCCAUCUCACAAAAUAAGAAUUUAAAAUGUAAAUAUUGUGACUCUGUGUGCAUAGUGUGUGUGUGUGUAUAUAAUUUGAUUUACCUCAGGUUUUUGAGUUUUUCCUGAAGAAUCCUGAGAGUAAGACUUUGAGGGCAUGCAUAUGCCAGGAGUCUGAAACACCAGCCUCCUGGUCAGUUCCUGGAUCUUUCCCUUUGGGAACUCCCACCCCCAUCCCACAUCACCUCCAACACUCACUUGCCGCUUUGCUGUGUGUUGCAGUAAAACAUGGACAGACAACAUCAGAAGAACCUGUCAUUUUCCCUCAGUUUGGAGGGCUCUGUGUAAAAGUCACAAGUGUUGCUAAUUAAUGACACACCUAGUUGGGCAUUUUAAUAGACAGUCCUUGAUGAUCAUUUUUUUUGAAAGAUAGUCCUGUAAGACUUAACUCACUUAGAAUCUCAAUUUCAUCUUGUUGGAAUCAGCAAGAAAAUGUUUUGUAUUUCAAAAUGUUUCUACUGACAAAAGUAGCAUGGAAAACAAAAAUUCAUGUUCUGUAUGUAAGUGGGCCAAUUUCUUAUGAGUGCGCAACUAUUUUUAAAUGUGAAUUGAUGAAGAAAGAUGUCCCUGUCCCUGGCUGUGUGUGCAUUCGGAUAUGGCUAUGAGCUCUAUGGUCCUCUUCAAACUCUUUGUGGAACUAAGAAGCUAGUGAUAUUAGCCAAGGAAUCCAUUCAAAUGUAUCAGUCUUUGCUGUUCUGUGGAAUCCCUGAAAUGGAAGGCUGGGAAAAGCAAUGGAAAGGUAAGCAAUGAUAGGCGGGCUCUGAAAAGCAAGGUCAGAAACAGCCUUGUAAGAUAGAGGCAGUGUGUUUGCACGGUAACCUCCAUCUUCAAGCAGCACGGCAGAUGUGUGCUAAGGUGAUGUCAUUGCUAUGAGAUAAAGCAAACAAAUGAUAGCUGUAAUACAAAGCUAACAAUUGGCAUGAAAAUUCAACAUCAAAUUAUGAGCUCUGGUUUUUAAAAUCUUUCAAAUUUGUAAGACCUUUAGAAAAAAAAUGUAUUUGAGGGCUCAAACUAGAAAUUAGGUUAAAAUACCAUUUUAUUGUGUAAGCUAUUGGGCAUUAUACAACAAAUAAUCUAGGAUUUAUUUGGUAUUAAUAAUUUAGGUAUCAUUUUAGCUGAAAACUGUCCUCUAUUAUGUAACAUAAUAUACUGUUGGGUUAGCGUCAAUUUCUCAAACUCCCAGGCUGCUAUAACGCAUGUCUGACCUAAUUUCUAUUUUUCUUGGAGGGGCAAACACACAUAGACAGAAAUGUUGCAUUGGAAACAUAACAUUAGCCUUGCAGUUUUAAGCCAGGCCAUAAUUUAAAUUAAUUUGUGAGAGAUGUUUGCAUACCUUUCUAUACAGUAGAAAAUGAAUGACCCUAUAGUGCAGUGUGUGAUAGAAUUCUAGUUCUUUAGGAAGCUAUUUGUAGACACUAAUGUAUGUGUUGACAUGGUGCCCUGUGUUUUUUAUUGCCAAGCUGUAUAGUAAAAAUGUCCACAAAACCUUUACUGAAAAACAGUCCAUGUUAGAGCUGCAAUUAAGCAAAGUCAGUUUGCUUCCUGGUAGAAUCUUGACCUUACAACCUGACAGUAAUAACCCAAGUCAGAGCCUUUCUAUGUGUGCUUGAUCUGAGAAACAUUAUUUAAAACUGUUGAAAUGGAUUCUGCCUAUGGUUGCAUAUGUGUGCAUUCCUGUGUGUGUGUGUGUGUGUGUGUGUGUGUGUGUUAGAAAGGGUGUGGGGAGGCCUGCCAAUUUCUAUAUCCUUGAUGUUUCAGCUUCUUCUGGAAUCUACCCACAACACUAAAAACCUAUCACAAGCAGCAGGGCUUGGAGUUGUGUGCCAGUGGCAGACACACCAGUGAUACGCGAAAGGAGCCUCUAGUGGCUUCCUCUUGUAGGUGAGCUCAUGGAGGGAGGAGUGGAGAGGAGUGUGCAAGUUGUAAUUCUGCAGCUAGAGGACAAGACCUGUGUGGUGCUGUGCUGUUUUUCUUCCCUGGGUACAUCACCUUCCCUGCCAGGCUUUGAGUCUUCACAGGGCCUAUGAAUAAAAGCCUUUGCCAUGUCAGCUACUGUUUUAAGAAUUGUUUCAGAGAUUAAUUUCUUUUUAGGUAGCUUCCUUUCAGGGAAGAAAAGAAGAGUUGAUUUAGAGAUGAAUAUAGAUGCUAAAAGAAAACUUUCAAACCAUGUGAUUUGAAUAUUUAGAAGCGUAAAACAUUGGCCAGGACCCUGCCCCCAUACGUUAAGGACAAUGAGUGUUGUGUAAAUAGUAACCUAUUUACUAUUUAGAAGCAUGAAUUUUCUCUCUAAUGAUCUUGACAUAAGCAAGAGAAUGCCUACUGUGUUAAGUAGCGCCAAGUAUGCCACUUCAUAUGUUGUCUUUAGAACAUUUUGUAUAAUGACUUGGAACAUAAAUUGUAAUGACAAAGGCAAAUUGGUUCUGAGUUUCAAUCACACCUUAUUAUCGGGAAGAUCUGAGGUAUUGUUUUUUGGUUUUUUUUUUUUGUUUUUUUUUUUUUUUAGAAAUGUAACUACAUUUCAACCUCUGCAUGGCUCACACAGUGGGUCUAUUGGAGUGUCAACUGUGUGUUGGUUCAGCUCUUGGAAUUUUCUAGGUCAGUGCUGCUUGAUAGAACUUUUUGGAUUGGUUGAAAUUGUUCUAUAAUCUGUGCUGUUUAGUAGAUUGGCCACUGGCCACGUGGCUGUUAGGUGAUAAAGUGGGGAUGACUGAAGUGGCUUUUAAAUGUUAUUUAAUUUUAAGUAAUUUAAAGUUAAAUAUUCCUAUAUGGCUUGUGACCACAUUGGCCAUAAUGGCACCAAGAAGUUCACAAUGUAACAGUGAGGCCAAGAGAGAGUUUGUAGGCUAGUAGCAAUUUGCCAAAAGAAAUUCCUUUCUAGGCUUAAAGAAGUUUAUGAGCUCCGGGGGAAGGGGGAGCUAACGAAAUUUCAUCCAUUGUCCUUUGGGAUUAUUAUUUAGAUACUUUGAACCAAGAAAUAAGCAGUGAAGCUUAAAGGAAACUUUAUAAGCGUCUUUUCCAGGACCAUUAGCUGCAUGUAAAUCUAUUGUCCAAAGCUCAUAGCUAGACAGUAGCUGUAAAAUUUUUGACUUGCAAGCUAUGCAUGACCUGUGCUGUGAAACUGUGUUUAGGAUCUUGUGGCCAAAAAGGAUUCAGUAUUACAGAAAAUCAAAUAAAUAACGGUCUGAUGAAAUCCCCGUUCACUUUUGAUCUCUUUCCCCGACUUCAUCACUGUACCAGUGAGGAAGGAAAUCCAUAAGCAAGCAUGCUUUUCGGUGUUCAGGGUGUUUCUGUUUGCCCUUGAAGUCGGCCAGUUUGUCAUUGUGUUUGUGUGGGCAUAUGUGGGUGUAACUUUUUUGGAUGCCAAGCCAAAAUGAGGCACUAUUUUUAGAGUGAGAUGUGACAUUGUUUCAGUGUCUCCCUUCUUAAAUUUAGUUAUCAUUAAAAGGGUUUUAACGUUGCACAAAGGCACUUUUUACAUUUUUUAUAGUUAAAAAACAAACCAUGACCCAAUGGAAUUUAGAAAGUGGAAGGUUAUUGUAGCUAUUCUGCAGAAUUACUUUUGGGUAAAAGGAAGCAGAGAAUUCAGCUUGAGAUAACGUUUUCAUAUAAGCAGUCUGUAGUUGAUGGUCUGGCAUUCAUUCCUCUUAGAUUUUGAUUUAAAGUGCUCUGUUUCUUUGUUUGAAAGUCUUUGGGGUGGUGAAAUUGCUUAGCCUGCCUCUUCAUUGUCCCCAUCCCCACCCCCUAAUGUAAUGGAAACCAGGAUUGUUUGCUUUAAUGGAGCAGAAUUGGGCUGAGUUUUCAAUGCUUUAGCCAUUCAGUAGGAAGACUGCUCUUUGGGGCUUGUCUUUAACUUGUAUGUUCAUGUUGACCAAAUGGUGUUUUCGUAAGCCUUUCAGAAGUUAGGAGGCCAAAGGUUAUUCAUAUGCUAUGGGUGAUACCCAAACGACUGCAGGUCCUCUUUCCUUAAGAAUGAUGCUAUGGAUCAGGCCGCAUUCUGUAACCACAGCAGAUGUCAGAUUCACACCCUGGACCUGCCUCCAUCUGGACUUAGAUGGAGAAGUUGCUUCUUGACAUUUUCACCAUAAUCAGUAAAACAUCACCUGCCGGGUGAUCUUCACCCAGAGAGAAAUUCCAGGCAAAAAUGAGACAACCAAAAGAAUUUACUCAUGGUGUUUAUUCGAAGGAGAUAGUUGGUGGAUCUUUCUCGACUCGAAACUCUUGAAAAAUAAGUGGAAAUUCGAGCCAUUUAUUUUUUUUACACAACUGACUUACUACACUACAAACACACACAAACACUUUAGCAGCAAUUGGCGUUAAAAUAGAAAAGAUUAUCGACGCUAUUUUCUCAUUCAUGAAUCACGAAGUACUGAAUUUCUGUAUUAAUUUUUAAGUAUCUGCUAUGAGCUCCAUGCACCACAUCAAACCAACUCCCUUGGGGGGUGUCUUAAACUCUUAAGACUUCUCCAUCUGUGAAGAGGCGGCUAAUCCUAUGUAACAUCAUUGGGAAGUGAUUGAUCACUGAGGCGCCAAGCAGGUGGGACAGUUGAUUUCUGACUACCGAAUAGCUUUUCUUUCCUUUUUUUCUGUUUUGGUUCCUGUUGCGUGUCAAGAUUUGUAAACCACUCUCCCCGAAGUCCUCCAGUAUGAAUCCAUUUCUCUGCACACUUCCCUUGCCUUGCUUGCUUGGCCAAUGGUCUUUUGAGUGCUCCCUGUUCACUGCCUGGGGUAUCCCCAUGUGUGCAUCUCACACUGUAGUGGUGCUUGAAAAUGCUUAUCUCAUUAUCUGGAGUUUAAUCUAAGGAAGUUUUUUUUUAAUAUAUAUGUAUACUAUUUAUAUUAUAUCAUUAGGGACAAUCGUUAUUAGAGCAGAGAAGUGAGGGCCUCCCGAGAGCUCCAAAAGCAGACUUCUCUGUUCUUCACACAGCUUACCCUGGAUCUUUCCCCAUUUCCCCAUCCCCAUGUUCUGAACGCAUCUCUAGAUGGAGGGCUACAGCCCACAAGACAGUCUCCUGCAAUCUCCCUGCCCAGUGAGUUACUGUGUUAUUCUGACAGGAGCUUUCCGAAGGGACUAGUCAGUCCUUACUCUAGUAGUAAGAGUUUGGAAAUAAUGAUGGCAAGAAAAUGUGGAGUAGAAAGGAAAACAGAAACAUGUGACAAAUAUGUCCUUCAGGGGGCAAGUUGAUGGUUAUGUUAUCUUUGUUUGAACAGUAAGGCUGCUGUCUUACACUGUGCUGGCAAGGUGGGCUCACACAACCCAAUGCUCAAGAGCCCUACCUGAGGGGAUGGUAGAGACAAAGCCCUGGGCUCUGAACAGGUAGGUAGAUCUGCCCACAAAGAGAGAAGCUAUUUUUUAAAAGAGGGGAAAAAUUGUAAUGGAAUCGUAGUUUCAAAGGAAAACUUGGCACUAUCCGUCAGCCAUGGUAGAAGCCAGUUGAAAAUAGCAACAUUUGACCUGGGAUGACUUCCUCAAACCCGACCAUUCCAUCAUGGACUACCAAAUUCAGUUGAGGAUGCUUAGGUUGAAGACACAGAAGAAAAGUGCUUGGCUGAUGAGGACAGUCCCAAGGAGUUCUCAUCUUUUCUGUCACCCUCUCUGAUGCUCUUGGGUUAUCCGGGUGAUAGAAAAUUCCGAAGCCUGCUAUGGAGUGAGUACAAGUGAAGCCUGGUACCCUCUUUCCCGUGGGAAACUACUAAUUCAGUUAGUAUGCUGUGACUUGUUGAAUCAUAUGGUUAUGUUCUGGCUGCUGCCAUUUAUUAUAUUUAUAUGUAUUUCACCACUUGUUGGUGUGGCCUCACUUGAUGGUCAUAGGUGUGGAAGUUGCUGUCAGCUUGGGGAAGUUGGCCACAAACUCCCAACAUAAGACGUAUAUAACCACCAUCAGCUCCCUUCCCUUGUCAAAGCUCCAUGUGUGGGCUUCCUGGUCUUGGAUAACAUACUGCAGUCAGAUGGUGAUAUUAGUGUUGUUAAUUCCAGUUCCUGACAUGUUUCAUUUUUAAUCACAGAGACUAUUUAUUUGGUGAGCGUUUCUUUGAAAGGGCCAAAUUGCCCUACAGAUAAAUGAGCUGUGGGACAGUGUAGAAAUUUGUGUCCAAAUGUUGCCAAAUACUGACUUCAUAGGGGAUACCAAGCUGCUGUUUAUUAAUCUGAAUGUCUUAAAAGCAUUCCUGCUUGUUCUCUCUAUUAUAGAUGGUGUCUUAGCCAGUCCUGAGUUUUUCCAAUGAACCUGAUUUUAAUACAUGGUAUUUUUGUAUGCCAAACUGGUGUCUUGUCCUUUGUAUAUGUGGUAAUGUUCAUUUUACGACUACUGUUAAAACACAUUUGCUAUGAUUAAAAUUAAAAAUGAUUUCAAAUAGA